CAGAUGAUGGAACAAUUCAAUGCUACUCCUUCGAAUUUUCACGUGGAGUUUGAUGAAGAGAAUGACGAUGGUUUGAUACUCUGCGAUAAAUUUCUACCAGUCGAAAUGCUGAUGAAGAUCUUCGCCCAUAUCGACUGCAAGACUACUAUUAUGAACUGCCUAUUGGUAUGCAAGCGCUGGAAGACGCUAAUGACCUACGUAUGGUAUAAGAAGACUAAACAGACGCUGAUGGACAAAUCGAUUCUAUGGAACAAUGAAGUGCCCUGGUCCAUAUAUUAUAUAGCAUGCUCAAAGAAGCUAUUUGAGAGAAACUUAAUAAGAAACCAUUCCGGUGCGAUAGGCAUAUGUAAAUGGGAAAUACCCACAAAAAAAAUUGGGUUAAAUAAUGUUCAGUUGUUCAGGUCGCUAAUCCUUGUUGAAAAACUACCUGAUUCAGUGCCAGAAUUGCCGCAAACCGAACCAUUGUUCAGAGACACACAAACCUGUUUUAAUUUCUGUUUGUUUGAAAAAGGAGAGAUACCUUCUAAAGAACAAUAUAUACAUCUGGAGUAUGAAGGGAUCUCUCCAUAUAUCUUGGAUACUUAUCAACCACCCAUAAUGGUGAGCGACUGGUAUUGCUGUCCUACGGGCGAUCCAAUAAUAUAUAAGUUGAAUGUUAGUUUAUAUGGUGAAAGAGGGCCCAAUAAUGUUCAUUCACUAAUAAAGUGUUUAAAAUUUCAAGAUAUUGUAGAGGGAGAGAGACAGAAUCAAUGGCUGCAAAUUUCGCAUGAAUUUAGAAACUAUGGAACUGGUGUCAGAAGUAUCUGUUUUGAGCACAAAGCAGGUCAAUAUAGAGAUAUAAAGUGGAAGGAAGGCUUUAAUGACAAUACCUUUAAAGUAGCUGGAGCAUAUGUUUGUGUCAAAUUGCCUAAGAAUAUUUGCUCUUCUACUUCUACUAAGGCUGUGUUCCACACUCGCAGGCAGCACUGUGAACAUUCCAAAAACUAUCGUAGCAUGCGGCAGUGGUGCAAGGAAAUGAGGGAACGUUACUAAUUUUGUCACUUCCGACUGCGGCUAUUGCGACUAUCAAGAUGAAUACAAGCAGCGUUACAUUGUACGCCGGCAAGCGACUUCAACGCCGAC